AUGAUUCUACCCCGUCUAUCAUCCACAUCAAUCAUCAUCACCUUGGUUGUGUAUGGCAGGGAGCGUAUGCAGUUCCAGCCCUUGGCUGGUGCAUUGAUCCCCCACCUCCAUCUUCUGCCCGUUCCCAAUCCCCACCUGCUUGUGUCUAUUCAGGCCUCCUCACUGCUCACACGGGCCAUUCGCUACAUGAUCUCUCGGCAGUCAGACGCUGACACGUGGCAGGCCCAGUCUCUCCUGCAGCAGAUGCCACGCUCCCGGCCCACCCGCCCUCCCACCUCGCCCCUCCUGCGAGCGCUCAAGAAACGGGGCGCAGCAGCAGCAGCAGCAGCAGCAGCAGCAGAAGAAGCAUUACCGGUAGCAGCAGCACCGGAGAACCAAACAGGCACACGCAGGCAGGGUCUGAAGCUGGACUUUGAGCUGUGCCCGCUCGCAAACAUUUCAUUCUGCCCGCCUUCGCAAACGGAUCUUCAGGAUGGGAAAGUCCUGGUGGUAGCGGUGUACAAUCCACUGGCAUGGGCGCGCAAGGAGAUCGUCCGAUUCCCUGAGCUCCAUUCUAGUUUCUGCUCUUUCCCCUCCUCACCCUCUUCUCUGUUUUCAUCCCAUCGUGAUGUUUCCUUUCUCCUCUUCCCUCCUCUCCGCUCCUACUCCCCCUUGCGUUUUCUCCCUCUCCUUCGUCUUACUGCACGCCUGCCUUGUCCAGCCUAUGCCAGAUCUGCUGCCGGACCUGAAGCUACAGCUGGUGCCGAGCCUGGUAGUGCAGAGUCGGAGGCGCUGUCGCUGGUGUUUUGGGCAGAUGCGCCUCCCCUAGGUGUUGCCUCGUACUUCGUGCUCUAUAAAUACCCUGAAGGCAGGAAGCAGGGAGGAGUUGAGGAGGGAAUGUGGCAGGAGAUAGCAGGAGAAGAGGGUGUGGAGCAGGAGGGUAGCAUGGAAGGGAGAGUGACAGAGGGCCGGAAGGAAGAGGGGAAGGUGAUGCAGGAAGUUGAAGAGGAGGAGGAGGAUGAGAUAGUGAUUGGUGGUUGGGCGGAAGGGGAGGAGGGCGAGGGCAGUAGCAGCAACAGUGCGCUGACACUUGCUUUCUCCAGGGCUCAGGGGGGCAGGAUGACCCGCGCUGUGCUGCUGAAGCGGAGCGGGGGGCAAGCAAAGGCGGAGGAAGGGGAAGCAGCAGCAGCGGGGGCUGCAGCAGCGGCGGAUGUGGGUGUGGAGUGGGCAUGGUACAAUGCGAGUGAUGGAAAGGCGAGCAGGGAGGCAUCAGGGGCGUACAUUUUCCGCCCCGUCUCCUCCGAUCCCGUGCCCAUCACCCCGCCCAACGCCACUGCAGCGUCCAUGCGGGUGGUGCGGGGCGCACUGGUGGACGAGGUGCACCGCCAGGUGGCGCCCUGGAUCCACGAGAUCGUGAGAGUGUACAAGGGCACCAACUAUGCAGAGCUGGAGUAUGCGGUGGGACCGGUGCCCAUAGACGAUGGCUUUGGCAAGGAGGUGGUGCUGCGCCUCUCCUCCUCGCUCGCCGGCAACGCCACCUUCUACACCGACUCCAACGGCCGCGAUUUCAUCCAGCGCACGCGCAACUUCCGCCCCGACUGGAACCUCACCGUCACAGAGCCUGCUGCUGGCAACUACUACCCCCUGAACGCGGGCAUCUAUUUGCACGACAACAACACAGACUUCUCAGUGCUGGUGGACCGACCCAGCGGGGCGACCAGCCUCUCAGAUGGGCAGGUGGAGGUGAUGCUGCACCGCCGCCUGCUGCAUGACGACCACCGCGGCGUGGCAGAGCCGCUCAACGAGCGCGUGUGCGUGGGCGCGCAGGAGGGGGCACAGGAGGGGGCACAGGAGGUGCAACAACCGCAACCGCCAACCUGCAUGGGCCUCGUGGUCUCUGGGACUCUGCGCUUUGGGCUACACCCGCAUGGGCGGAGCGAGGGGGGUGUGUUGGAAGUGGGAGGAGUGGAAGGGAGUCGAGAGGGGUUGGUGGCAGGGAAGGGGGCAGAGGAGGGAGUUGAAGCGGCUGCGGAGUGGCGGCGCGGGAAUGUUCAACGGAUAUUCUCUCCGCUGCAAGUGGCGUUUGCUGUCGAGAAUGAGGAUGACCUGGCAGCUGAGGGUGGACUGUACACGUGGCAGUUCUCUGGCACCCAGAGGAGCAAGUCUGAGGAGUCAACGGAGUCAAUGCUGUCAAUGCUGCUUGCCGGAGAAGGGAGGCGGGCAAUGAAAGAAUCUGAGGGUAGAAGAGGGGAAGACGAGGUGGAGGUGGAGGAGGAGGAAGGUUAUGAGGAGGAAGAAGAGAUGAAAGAGGGAGAGGAGGACGACGAUGAUGAGGAGGAUGCAGAGGCAGUGGAUGGGGGUGAGAAGGGUGGGGAGAGGGUGAGCAAGGAGGGCGCAUACGAGCUUCCGAAGAACAUUGCCAUAAUCACACUCGAGGAGGUGCAUGAGUACAAGGUGCUGCUGCGACUCGCCCAUCUCUAUCAAGCCAAUGAGGACCCUGUUCUCUCGCAGCCUGCUCGUGUGGACCUUGACAGGCUCUUUGCCCACCAAGAGAUUGAGAAGGUAACUGAGCUCAGCCUGAUGGCCAAUCAGAAGCUCUCAAAGAUGCGGCCACCAAUGAAAUGGAGUACUGAGGAGGAGGUGGAGUCAACAAAUGGCAUCCAUGGAGUUGAAUUGUUCCACAUGUGGCCAAUUGUCUUCUUGCAGCAAAAAGGUGGCGAAGUUAAGCCUCCAGCAGCCAAUGAGGGGGGUCUACAGCCAAAGCUAGAGCCCACCCCGCAUCAACCAUUCCCAGCGCGGAGCGGUGCAGGCUCUCCGCGGAAACCAGGGGGUAGUGUGGGCGGUGGAGGGGGCUCUGGGGGCGGCACAGGGGUGAGAAAAGGCCCACCGCCGGUUUCUGCGCCAGGGGCGGGUAGGGGAGGAGCGGGAGGGAAUGGAGGCAGCGGAGGGUCGAAAACUCGAGGUGGAGGCGGAGGAAGCGGCGGGGAUGUGCGGCCUCCUGGAGGGAAGAAGAGCAACUCGACCGGCGGUGCCAAGCCGAAGACGAACAGCGACGAUACGCCCCCAGACGCGCCGCCAGACGAUAAUUCGAAUAAUGACACUGGCAGAGUCGCCGUGUUAAAGAACGCGACGCUGUUCUUCCCCGUCAACGCGGCGGCUUUCGCCAUGUCCAUCGCCACGUUCAGAAGUGAUCAGGUGGCGCGGAUGUUCACGUACCACGCGAUCAGGGGCGCGUACAAGGCGUGGCAACUGAAAGCUUUACCCAUCAACACGCGCCUGCCCACCAUGGAAGGCUCGUUCGUCACCAAAGUGUCCAAAGUUAAUUCGUCCAAGCUCGCGUUCAAGGGGAAGGGCGAUAUACCCGUUAGAGUGGUACUACCAGACAUGUAUGAGGGCGAGGACAUGUACAUUCAUGGCACCGACUCCGUGCUAGUACCGCCUUCCGUCUGA